AUGAUAUUUUUGAUAACUUGUCUGAAUUUUGCAGCUUGUUCCCUAAUUCCUACAACGGAUAUGGAAUGCGAUGUUCCUGAUCUUUAUGAUCAGUGUUUGACAUUUUGCCGAGUGGACUACGUCGACUGUAUGUCUCAUUGCGAAUCCUCAUAUUGUCACAGUGAAUGUUUGGAGACUUUUCAAUCUUGCGAUUCGUUUUGUCCAUGCGGACUCAACUGCCCCGGCGGCUGUGAUGACUGCGAGCAUCAACUUUGCCACGAUUGUGACUUCGCGCAAGAGAACAACGACCAUUAUCGUGUUUGCUUGCAAAUCGCGCUUGAUCAAUUUAACGUUUGCUCGAAGCAAUGUCCACCGAGCUUUGAGUGCUACGACAGCUGCUAUGCUGAGUACCGGGAAGAAAUGGCAACAUGUCCCUGCCUUGAACCGGAGACAACAACAACAACCACCACCACCACCACAACAACAACUACAACCACCACAACGACAACAACACUUGCUCCGAUCGCUCCUAAAGAUACUGCGCUCAUGAUCUUCGUUGAAACAGGUCUUUCAAAUGCAUACAUUCUAUCUGGCGACGGCAGUUCAAGUUUGAAGCCAACUAUAAAUGCUCCCUCAGAAAACUUCGUCAGAUAUGCUUCUUAUGCUAUCGUUAACGAUCAUCUACAUAUUUUCGGAGGAAGCUAUGAUAGUCAAAAGAUUGCCCGACUAGAAGGUUGUUCCUUUGUCCAACUUCCCGCUCUGCUCAGUUUUUCCGCUUCAAGGGGAGGCGAAGCAGCUCUCGCAAUAAAUGAUGGAAGCGAGGCCUUGAUCUGCUUUCCAGAAAUAACAAGCUCUGGAAACAACUGUGAUAGAUUCGACGGCUACACUUGCUCUUCAACGAUGCCUUCUCAAUACAGUCAUCCUACUGGCGGUCUCGGUAUGUACGAAGGAAACCCAACAACCGUUGGAAGCUGGUUUUACGAUGGUACAAGUAAAGUUGAAACAUUGACGAGCGACGGAUGGAAAUCUCUUGCAGACCACCCUGAGGAUGUCAAGCUUCACAACCUUGUCGGACUGGACUCUGGCUCAUUGCUACUAAUCGGCGGAUACAGCAAUCGAAAAGAUGUUUGGAGACUCGAAAACGGACAGUGGUCCAUCGAUGGCUACAUGGAAAAGGGCCUGUCUACUGGUGGUUCAAUUUUGAUAGGAUCGUCAAUUUACGUAAUUUCUGGACAGAGUUACGAUGGAUAUCCACUGCAACGAAUUGACCUUGAAGAUGAUCAAAUCAAAAACACUACAGUGAUAGGAAGUCAUAAUAGAGCGGAGUACUGGCCAAUUCUUUAUCAUGCUUCUUUCGAUUUUUGUUUGAACAAUGUUUGA